AUGGUCGAUCGCUCCUUCAUAUCUGCUUUAGCUCAAAGUACAGCUGGAGAGUGGGGUUUGGUCUUGAGUUUAGUUUUUGGGGGUUGUUGUUCGAACGUAUGGGCACUAGAGGGGGUUUUGAAGAGUCAUCCUAAAUCAGGAACAUUUCUCACAUUUGUCCAAUUUCUUUAUGUGACAAUAACGACUCUAUCAUCUCAAUUGACGUGGAAACGUAUACCGAAAUCAAGUAUACCGUAUCCCGUACUGAAAUCUAGGAAAGUACCAUUGGGUAGAUGGGGUGUUCAGGUCAUUCUGUUCUUAGCUGUCAGCUUAAUGAACAACUAUGCUUUCGGACUUAAAAUUCCCGUCACUGUUCAUAUUAUCUUUCGAAGUGGUGGAUUAUGUAUAUCGAUGCUUGUAGGGUGGCUAUUCGCCAAAAGGAGGUAUUCUGUUGGUCAAAUGUUUGCAGCACUACUUAUAACCAGUGGAAUCGUCUUGGCGACAGCUUCAGCACCCCGACGGCGGUCCGUUCCAUCUUCCUCCCCCUCAGCUCAAGUUUCCGCUCAAUCUGCGAACACGGCUCAUACUUCACCAUGGAUACCUGAGCAUCUGGAGUAUUUCGCGGGUGUAGGACUAUUGGCUUUUGCAAUGUUUGUCAGCGCCUUCUUGGGAUUAUGGCAAGAGCAAACGUAUAGAAUGUACGGUAGGGAAUGGAAAGAGGCUCUGUUUUACGGUCACGCAUUAUCACUACCGUUCUUCCUUCCUUUUCAAACAUCCCUUAAAUCAACAUACAGAUCAUUCGCUUCCUCUCCGCCAGUAUCUCUAUUCAACCUUCCCAUACCUGCCACCUAUUCAUCAUCGGAUAAUCCCAUCAAGAAUAUUUUAGGAGAAUACGUAGACUUAUUGGUUCCUUCAGCAUUACUUGGUUUAGCCCUAAACAUAAUCACUCAGGGUAUAUGUGUACGAGGUGUAAACAGAUUGACGGCAAAAGUCAAUUCAGUUACAGUGAAUUUGAUUUUGACAGUUAGAAAGGCUGUUAGUUUGGCUAUAAGCGUUUGGUGGUUCGGUUCCGGAUUCAACAGAGGUCUAGCGAUAGGUGGAGGAAUGGUUUUAUUCGGUACAGUAUUAUACUCAUUCGCUCCUGGUCCCGAAGAGGUGACUUCGGCUCCACCAAAGGUCAGAGUGUCACCCAAAUCCAAUGGUAUAAACUCGAGAAUAAACGAGCAAGAACAUACCAAACUUCUUGCCUCAAGUGGAACUGAUAUUGGAUCAAACUCUCAGCCUGGGAUUAGGAGAAGGCAUUCUGAUGUGAAAGGAUAA